AUGGCGUUCUCUCAUGUCUGCUUCAAUUGCAGAUUGUCCCCUCGCCUGGGACUGACUCCCUCACGCCAAUUCUCCUUGAGUCGGCGCAGCCAUGACGUUCUGCGACCCGCGACAGCGCCGAAGCCCAUGCCCGACGUCAAACACAUUCGCCAAAAUGCCGACCUUUACGCCCAGAACUGUCGAGAUCGGAACUACGCGGCGCACGCACAGUACCCGUCAAGAAUCCAAUCGCUAACAGAGGAAUCGAAGCAACUCGAUCACGAUUUGAAAAAACCGCGCUCCCGCGUCAAACAAUUAGAGAAAACGGUUGCGGAGCUGUCCAUCGCGCUUCGAAAGGAUGCGAGCAAGGACGAAGACAACCGCAUCACUCAACAAUUAGCAGAGCUCAAGUCUGAAGCACAGCAGCUGAAGCAGGAUUCACAAGCAAUGGCGACUCGCAAAACAAUGUGCGACGAGGACAUUCACCGACUGGCAUUGUCCCUUCCCAACCUCUCCUCCGCGGAGACUCCCGUCGGAGACGAUCCCCGCCUCGUCCAUUACCUCAACUUCGACCCGCAAGCACCCCCAAACUGGACGCAACAGUCGCCAGCAGAGCUCCAGGCGCGGUCGCAUGUGACCAUUGGGACAGAGCUGAGGCUCAUCGACUUUGCAAGUUCGGCCACGACAACAGGAUGGGGGUGGUAUUUUCUGGUCAAUGAAGGGGCGAUGCUGGAGCAAGCAUUGAUCCAGUACGCGCUGGGUGUGGCACGGCGCCGUGGGUGGAGGACUGUCGCUCCGCCGUCGGUGGUCUAUUCCUACAUUGCCGAGGCGUGCGGCUUCCAACCACGCGACCAACACAACGAGCAGCAGAUCUGGUCAAUUGAGCAAAACGAGCGCGACCGUCAAAGUAAACCACAACGCUCGCUUACUGGCACGGCCGAGAUCCCGCUGGCAGCCAUGUACGCCGGCCGUGACGUUGACCCUGCCGACCUCCCCAUCAAGCUGGUCGGAGCCAGCCGAUGUUACCGCGCCGAGGCGGGCUCCCGCGGCGUUGACACCAAGGGUCUUUACCGAGUCCACGAGUUCACCAAGGUCGAACUGUUCGGAUGGGCCGAUUAUGUCGCAACCGAGGAAAAGGCCGCCCCGGCAGCCACACUAACCGCGGACGGACUCUUUGCCGAGCUCCUGGAGAUUCAAACCGAGAUCUUGACCGCCCUUCGUAUCCCUUGUCGGGUCUUGGAGAUGCCCACGACGGAUCUGGGUGCCAGCGCGAGCCGCAAGCGUGAUAUCGAGGCGCUGUUUCCUUCCCGCUUCCGCCCGGCUUCUACGUCUUCUUCAUCCUCUGUAGACCCCGCAGCCCAGCAUCUGGAGCCGGCGUGGGGUGAGGUAACUUCUGCCUCUAUCUGCACGGACUACCAGAGCCGACGGCUGGCGACUCGCGUGCGCGAUGCAGCUAAGGACUCGCGGUUCCCGCACACGGUCAACGGCACCGCCAUGGCGGUUCCACGCGUCCUGGCGGCUAUUCUCGAGAAUGGAUGGGACCCGCAGCGCGGCGUGGUGGUCGUACCCGAAGUCCUGCGGCCUUGGAUGGAUGGCGUGGAGACGAUCGGUGGGAAAAAUUAA